AUGCCAAACUUCACCGUGCCAGAUGAUGGCCAAUGGAACAGCAAACCAGCAUGGAAGCUUCCUAGCUGGUGUGAGCCUUUGAUGGUCGCCAGUAUACUCUUCUUCGCAAUGUUCAUGACACGAAAACGAGACUUCAAGAUAUUCCGCAACUCCUCCGGAAGCGGCCACCUGGAUGGUACAUCCAAUGGCUCUAUGGAUCAUCUCCUCCCACUCAACAUCGAUAGCGACUGGGAGUCCGACGAUAUUACAACGGCUAAGAAUCUGCCGAAAGCACGAAGAAUCUGUUGCUGGAAGGUUACUACACCAAAUACGUCGCGUUUUCGCAAUAACUUACACAGUCGAAUUCUCCAACGCUUCCCUUUCUUGCUUGAGAUGUUCUACUGGAUUAUCAACUAUGCUUUCUACCGCAUGACUUCGGUGCUGUCGAGCACGCUGUUUGCUGGGAGAGGGAUAUGGGAUGUCUCGGAAGAGCAUGGAAUUGCAGUAUUGCAAGCUGAGGAGCACAGCAUCUUAAAGUUUCUCUUCCUAAUACGAGAGAGAGACGUGCAGCAAUGGUUCAUGCAAGGGCAUCAGGAUGCGCUCACCGUACUAAACAAAUGUUACGCCUUGAUUCACAUACCUGGCACCGUAGGCUUCAUAUGCUGGUACUACUACGUCGCCCCGUCAUUCAACACCUUCGCCAUCGCCCGCCGAACGAUGACUCUCACUAAUUUCUGCGCCUUCAUUACCUUCAUCCUCUACCCGUGCAUGCCGCCACGCCUCCUUCCCAAAACAUAUGGCUUCCUAGACACGGUACGCCACGAUGACGCGCAGAGCGUAUGGAUGAGUGGGAAGUUUGUCAAUCAGCUCGCUGCAAUGCCAUCGAUGCACUUUGGAUACGCGUUUUGCAUUGGCAUGACGGUGGUCUACCAUUCUGGUCUAUUCCGAAGAACACUCGAGCGAGGAGAAGUCAGAAAGAAUACGUUCUGGAAGACUUUCUAUCUCGUUGUAGGAGUUGGAUACCCGGUGUUCAUCUUGACGACGAUAGUUGCGACGGCCAACCAUUACUUCAUGGAUGCGAUGGUUGCGAUAUGUUUUGUUUUCAUUUCAUACCUCUGUAACAAGGUGUUCUACGUUUUUAUUCCGCUUGAGGAUCUUCUCCUGUUUAUGAUACGUGCAGACAAGCCGAUACCCACGACUGGCGACCGAUUCCAUGAGAGGGGUGGAAGGUUAUAA